GGCCGAGCGCUGAGGGCAGCGGCAGCGACCCGGCAAGGGCCCCGGCCCGAUCCCCAGCGUUAUCCCGAUCCCGGGUCUCAUCCCGAUCCCGGGUCUCAUCCCGAUCCCGGGUCUCAUCCCGAUAGCCAUCCCGGGGCCCGGCCCGCUUGCCCCGGCCAUGCUGUCGUGGGGCACCGCGGGCAGGCGGGCGCUGCGCUGGGCGAGCGGGCGGGCRCCGGCCCGCGGGCUCCGCGCCUCUCCGCGGGCKCGKWCCGCCAUGCCCAGCUGGGUCAUAGACCGCUACGGCAGCAACGAGGUGCUGCGCUUCACCAGGGACAUGACGUUCCCCAUCAUACACUUCCCGAACGAGGUCAUCAUUAGGGUUCACGCUGCGAGCCUGAACCCCAUCGACCUCAGCAUGAGAAGUGGUUAUGGUGCAACYGCGUUAAAUAUGAAGCGGGAUCCCCUGAAACUCAAAACUGACGAGACUGAAUUUCCACUAACACUUGGUCGAGAUGUCUCUGGUGUUAUUAUGGAAUGUGGACUGGCUGUGUCUUAUUUCAAACCUGGAGAUGAGGUGUGGGCAGCAAUUCCUCCAUGGAAACAGGGCACUCUGUCAGAGUUCGUGGUAGCUAGUGGAAAUGAGGUGUCUUUUAAGCCGAAGUGUCUCAGCCACACAGAAGCAGCUGCCUUACCAUAUGUUGGUCUCACUGYGUGGUCUGCAGUUAACCAAGUGGGAGGACUGAACCAAAGUAAUUGUAGAGGGAAAAGAGUAUUAAUAUUAGGAGCUUCAGGAGGAGUUGGUACAUUUGCUGUGCAGCUAAUGAAGGCCUGGGAUGCUCACGUGACAGCUGUUUGCUCUCAUGAUGCCAGCACACUGGUGAAAAGGCUUGGRGCAGAUGAUGUGAUUGAUUAUAAAUCUGGAAAUCUGGAAGAGCAGCUUAAAACAUUACCCUUAUUUGAUUUUAUCCUAGAUAAUGUUGGUGGAUCCACUGAGAAGUGGGCACUAGAUUUAUUGAAGAAAUGGUCAGGAGCAACAUACGUUACCUUAGUGACACCUUUCCUGAUCAAUAUGGACAAACUUGGAGUGGCUGAUGGCAUGUUGCAAACAGGAGUCACUGUCGGUUCCAAAACUCUAAAGCAUCUCCUUAAAGGAGUUCAUUAUCGGUGGGCAUUUUUCAUGCCAAGUGGCCCAAGUUUGGAUGAAAUAGCAGAACUGGUUGAUUCUGGAAAGUGCUGCAGAGUAUGAUGUUUGUGCUAAUUCAGCACAGUGACUUGGAAUAUUGGGAACAUUCAUAAGCUUCUGGGGAAUCUUAGUGGACUUGGGGGAAAAGCAAAGAAGGUUACAGUCUGCUUUUGUGAUCUUUCCAGGUUUAUGAGCUUGUUACAAAAUACAUUGUGGGAGUGAGCAGUUGAUUUCCUGUGUUUUGGGUUGUGUGGUGAUAUAGGUCCCAACAGUGUCCUCUUUGGGAAUUUUGGCAACAUGAAAUUUUCCAAGAGUAGAGAACGUGGACAACUGCUGUUAAUCAUUCUAUAUGGUACCUUAGCAGAAGAGUAAGCAGAGUCUGCCAUGACUGCUGGUAAUUCCAGUAUGUGAACUGCCAUCUUGUGCUCAAAAUAUGUCUGUAUUAGUAAAAUUWAGAUCUCUCUAAUUUGAAUGUUGAGCCCUGUUUUUUUUUUUUUGGUAUGCAGUAUGUUCCAGAGUUUGGAAAAUAGUAAAUAAACUGCUGUUGUAUUUAAAAUGUGAUUGCUUCUAUUUUGCCACCUCAGUGCUGCUGAUAAGAAUAAAAAGUUCUCUGCUUYGCAUUAUGUCCAGUGCUAUAGGCAUAAUCCUAUGGUCAAGAAAGAAGUUGUAGAAGGUGGUCCUCAAUCCUGUGAUUGCAUUCAGUCACACUACUAAAUUAUAAGCAAAAGAAAUCUAAUCUAAGCAAAAGAAAUGCCCUUGUCUUGUUCUUACCAUUUGUCCUGUUCUCAGCCAGUCACAAUUUGUUUUGUGUUCUGCUCCUACCUUGUAUGCAAAACAAAUGCAGAAUAUGCUCCUGAAAGCCUCUUGGGAAACACCUGUUUAUGCAAUAGAGAGAGGGCUUAAUCGUUGUUCUUUGCUUAAUAACCUGGACAGGUGAAUUGCAAUGACACUUAAAAUGUACGUCAUACAUGCAUGAAUGUCCUGAUGUACUUCUGGCUGUAAGAUAAUCAUGAGGACAAAGAUAUUUCCUUGCUCUUUUAUUCUCUGUGCAAAAACAGGUCCUAAUGUCAGCCUGUUUGUCUGCAGAGUCAUUAUUCUAGCAGCAUUUUCCUCUAUUUUGUGAAAUGUUGUAAACAUCUAAGCUGUCAUCAGGAUUUUAUAAGACACAGUUGUGUUCCAUUUAGACAGAUAUUAAUAAGACUAUGGCCUUUAAUUGUCUAGACACAGGGGUUCUCCUAAAUGGACAGACCAUCCAUUCAGAAGAGUAGGUGUUUGGAAUAAAGGCAGGAGAGAAUUACUGGAGAAAUUGUACCACAAUUUUCUGUAAGUAAGUAAAAAGAAAUGUUUAUGUUUGAAUGAGAAAGAAUAAAGAACAAGUUAAAAAAGCACAAAGCAAUGAAGUGUGUUAAGAACUCUUGGGGAAGCCAGCAAAUUGAGCUCAUGUAGUUGAACUUGUUAGCAUUAAGUGAAUUCUUUUGAGUAAUGCAGWUUUGGGGUAUUUUUGAAAUUUCAGUCUUUGAAAGAAAAGAAUUUUGAGAUUUGUAUGAAGUGUGAAUAAGAGAGCAGUUGGAAAGCUUCUGAAAAUGAGAGGCUUUUUUUCAAGAAUAAAUGAUGAGGGGGAUUAAAUGAAGGAAAUUAAAAAGAGAUGAUGGUUACAGUUAUUGAAGCAUUAAAAAGCAUACCUCUGAAAAAUKUACAGAUCAUUUUGAUUUGACAGUGUUUCUCCUUAUAGUCCUUCUGCAUCAAGAGAGAUUUUUAGUUCUGAUGAGUUCAUCAUGUUCCUUUGUGAAAGCAAAAGGAUUCUCAAGCCUUCAGUGGAUGAAGAAUAAGCAAUUUUCUUGAAAGUUACUUGGUUUUCACCUGGAUGAUCUUUGAAGCAAGGAAGAGAGAUUUGCAAAAUGUCAGCUUUGAGGAGKAGUUCUUUUAACAGCCUUUCUUUAKUGGAGAGUAGAAGGAGAGGAUUUGAUGAGUUGGGAUUACACAAGGAAAGAAAAUUCUUUUCCUUGUGUAAUUCACCUGCACAUCAGUCAGUUCUGGGAACUGUAAAACCAYUUUCCGUUUACAAACUGUUUUCUCUGCCUUGCAGCUGGACACUUUGCAAAGAGACUAUUGCAGGACUAGGGGAUGGGAGGCUGCUGCAACAGUUGUGGGCAAGGGGAAAAUUCAGUAUUUCCUUGACAAAUUUUAGAGAUACUGGCUACAUUCUAAACUGCUGGAGAAUCCCCGUUAUGGUUUGAAUUGCAGCAGUUAGUUACAAGCAGCAAGGACUGUCUCAGUAGGCUCCACCAAGUAAGUUGACAAAAGUCCAUGUCAGAAGCUGUUGUGUCUGUUUCCAUGGUAGAAUAUUCCUGGUGAAUUAGAAUUCUCAUCUAAAGGCAACUGAAAUCAACAAAACCUUUAAUUCAGUACACAGAUCUGCUGGCACACUGCUGAAGCAUCAUCACCGAAAGUCUUGUUAGGAAUUAAUUUGGUGUAUCUCUGGUCAGUGUUGUGGAUUUCACAGUGACAUUUUCUCUUUUUGCUGCUUGCCCAACAUUUCUUCCCAAAGGACAUGUCAUUUAGUCCUUGGUGAAAAUAGGCCGGAUUCAUAUAAGUAUUUAAGUUGGUAGAAAGCCUCUAACUCAUAACUGGKCACUAAUGAAGCCUGGUGUAGGAAGGCAGGCUCAGAAGACUCCUUAGUGUUGUAAGGGGGUGCACUGAGUGUGUUGUGUGUUCCUGUAGGACCAUGAUAGGAUGUGGGUUAAUGUGCAACCCAACAGAAAUGGGAUAUUCAUUUUAAUUCAGUGCUAUUUAAAUGCCGAAUAAGUGUGUGUGCAGUGUUUCUUGUGACUUAAUACUCUCUCCUUCAGAGCAUUGUUGCAUCAGAUGGGCUGAUGGAUGAAAGUUGUUUUUGCAGAAGGAAGGCUAAAGGGCAGAGUCUCCAAUCAUGAAAUUAAUAGAUCAUUCUCUCUGAUGUUUGCUUUUUAGAUAGAUGUUCCAGCACAGCACCCAUAAAAAGAACAAGUGUAUACCUAUGUUAAUGUAAUUUGUGAAUAGUGUUGAUUAUACAUUUUGCUGAAGACACUAGAUGCUUUGGACUUAGCACCUGCUGUUAUGGUUUGGAGGGCAGGAUGCUCACUGUUCUUUAGCCCUGCUGCUGUCUUGUGCAACACUGAACAAAUCACAUAACCUUUUGGUACCAUAAUUUCUUUGUCUACCCAUGAGGGCUAAUGCCCUUUAUCCACCUUUGGUGCUUUGCUCUGAGAUACCUUGUUAAAAUGUGGAAUUUAAUUGUUUCCUAUUGCUGGUCUUUGCUAUUCAGGAAGUAAAUAACACAAAUGGAUAUGGUAAUCCAUUUUGACAUGACAUGGGUUUUGAGAGUUGUUUGGAUGGCCAUGAUUUAAGAUGGCUUAACCUACUGCUAGUGUAGGUCAUCACAGCUUCUGGACUCUGUAUCCUAACCUGUGUGUAUUGGUUUGAUUUCAGUUCAUCUUGUUAUAGUGCUGCAAGUAACUUUUUCCCUGGCCCUUAUUGCACGAUUAUUGCAUUUCUCUCAUCUCUAUUAAUAUAAAAGAGUGAAUGUAAAACUGAGUCCUUGAAUGUUCUCCAAACAUGGCAUCUAUACAUGUGGCCUUCUCUGGAGUAAUUCCAGACUUUGUGACUGUGCUAAAGUAUCCUGACAGGUCUGAAAACUCACCCUUGGAUGGUGCCUGCUCUAGUCUUUCUUAAAAAAGGCACUAGGGUGCCUAAGUAUAGGGGUUUCUACACCUAAAUGUCUAAAUUAACUUGAGAUUAGUCCUUCUCCCCCCUCUCUUUAGUCACUCACACUUGUUCUGAUGACCAUCUUUCUACAUGUUAAAUUGCAAAGCUUGCACCUUUUUUUUUUUUUGCUUUUA